AUGUAUGAUGCCCAGCCUCCUCUGCUGCCCUUUAGUCUUAAUGGCAUACACAAGCCUGGUGAUGUGGUUCUGGGUGGGCUGUUUGAAGUCCACUACACUUCGAUCUUCCCUGAGCUGACGUUCAUCUCGGAGCCGCAUCAGCCCACCUGCCAAGGUGUUGACCCUCCAGGGUUCAGGCAUGCCAUGACCAUGGCCUUUACUAUUGAUGAGAUCAACAAAAACUCAAAUCUGUUACCUAAUGUGACCCUGGGAUACAAUCUUUAUGACAACUGUGCUACACUUGGCAUUGGGUUCAGUGCUGCAUUGUCAUUGGCAAGUGGUCGAGAAGAGCAGUUUGUGCUUCAGGAGAACUGUUUGGGGACCCCUCCUGUUAUAGGAAUUGUACGUGCUAUGAUUCAGAUCCUAAAACACUUUGGCUGGACUUGGGUGGGUUUGUUGGUCAGUGAUGACGACUACGGACUUCAUGCUGCCCGAUCCUUUCAAUCUGACCUGGCUCAAUCUGGUGGAGGUUGUCUGGCCUACUUCGAGGUUUUGCCUUGGGGCAACAAUCCAAAAGAAUAUGAGAGGAUUGUGGAUGUGAUGACAAAAUCUACAGCUCGUGUAGUUGUUGUGUUUGCACUUAAGAUGCACAUGAUUCAACUUAUGGAAGAGGUGGUGAAGCAGAAUGUGACUGGCCUACAGUGGAUUGCCAGUGAAGCUUGGACUUUGGUUGACGGACUUCAUACACCUACCUUCAUGCCGUACCUUGGUGGCACACUAGGCAUUGCUGUCCGUCAUGGAAAAAUACCAGGACUUGGUGACUUCCUGCUGAGAAUUAAGCCUGACAAGCACCACAACAGUGACUAUGAAAAGAGCCUGUGUAAAUUUCUACCGCCUCCAGCAGGCUGGGUGGAAAGUGGGGGAACAUUAUGCACUGGGCAGGAAGACCUAAAGAAUGUUCAGACUGAGUUUUUGGACACAUCAGAACUCAGGCCAGAGUACAAUGUUUACAAGGCUGUGUAUGCGCUGGCAUAUGCACUGGAUGACAUGCUGCAUUGUGUGCCAGGGAGAGGACCUUUCAAUGGGCACAGCUGUGCCACUCUGCAAAGACUGGAACCAUGGCAGCUUAUGUAUUAUUUGGAAAAAGUCAACUUCACCACAUCAUUUGGUGAUCAAGUAUCCUUUGACGAGAAUGGUGAUGCCUUACCAAUAUAUGAUAUUAUGAACUGGCUGUGGCUCCCUGAUGGAAGAACUCAAGUUCGGAACGUGGGUGAGGUUAAAAAGUCGGUGUCCACAGGUGAAGAGCUCAUAAUUGAUGAAGACAAAAUCUUCUGGAACAUUGAACUGAAAGAGCCACCCAGGUCAGUUUGUAGUGAGAGCUGUACCCCAGGUACCCGUGUGGCCAGGAAAAAAGGACAACCUGCAUGUUGUUUCGACUGCAUUCCGUGUUCAGAGGGAAAGAUCAGCAAUCAAACAGAUUCCAUGGAGUGCACCAGUUGUCCAGAGGACUUCUGGUCCAGUCCUCAGCAUGACCACUGUGUUCCUAAGAAAACAGAGUUUCUCUCCUACCAUGAGCCUCUUGGUAUCUGUUUGACAACCGCCUCGUUACUGGGCACAUGUAUCUGUGCUGUUGUAUUGGGGAUCUUCACCUAUCAUCGUAGUACACCCAUGGUACGCGCCAACAAUUCAGAACUGAGUUUCCUGCUGUUGGUUUCACUGAAACUAUGUUUCUUGUGUUCAUUGCUGUUUAUUGGCCGCCCCAGAUUGUGGACAUGCCAGCUGAGACAUGCAGCAUUUGGGAUAAGCUUUGUGCUUUGUGUUUCAUGUAUCCUGGUGAAAACCAUGGUAGUUCUGGCUGUGUUCAAGGCCUCCAAACCAGGAGGUGGAGCCAGUCUGAAAUGGUUUGGUGCUAUGCAGCAGAGAGGAACAGUCAUGGUUCUCACUUCUGUUCAGGCAGCAAUCUGCACAGCUUGGCUUGUGUCUGCCUCACCAACUCCUCAUAAAAACACUCACUAUCACAAUGACAAAAUAGUUUAUGAAUGUGUAGUUGGGUCCACAAUUGGUUUUGGAGUUUUACUUGGCUAUAUUGGUUUACUGGCCAUCCUCAGUUUCCUGUUAGCAUUUCUGGCAAGAAAUCUCCCAGACAAUUUCAAUGAGGCCAAGCUCAUUACUUUCAGCAUGCUGAUCUUCUGUGCUGUGUGGGUGGCCUUUGUGCCUGCUUAUGUCAACUCUCCAGGUAAAUAUGCAGAUGCAGUAGAAGUGUUUGCCAUCCUGGCCUCCAGUUUUGGCCUCUUGGUAGCACUGUUUGGACCCAAAUGUUACAUAAUCCUGCUGAGACCAGAGAGGAACACAAAGAAAGCCAUCAUGGGACGAGGAACCUCCAAGUCAUAGUACUUUUACAGUAAAAUGAGCUGUUGUGAACCAAUAUUUAUUUUCCAUUUUUUUGCAGUUGUGAUCUUUCCAUGACAUG